GAUAAAACAGACUACCAUGUCAUCCAUCAGUCUCCUUAGCAUCUCAAAACAUAUUGAGAAACUUUCUAGUAUAUUUAAAAAUUAACAAUAAAAUUAAUCAGUAAAUCAAAUUAAGUAAAUAAAUUAAAAACAACUGGAUCAUUUGCGAUGACUGGUAAUAUUUGGAAAGAUUUAGGCUCUCCCCAGUUCGUUUUAGCUCCGAUGGUAGACGCAAGUGAAUUAGCAUGGAGAUUAUUGUCACGUCGUCAUGGCGCCCAGUUGUGUUACACUCCGAUGCUCCAUUCCUCGGUAUUCUGCAGGGAUCCCAAGUAUCGGAAGGAAUUUCUCGCAAGCACCAAUGAAGACCGUCCGCUGAUUGUCCAGUUUUGCGGUAAUGAUCCCGAUAUUUUGCUGGAGGCUGCGUUGCUGGCUGAGCCAUACUGCGACGCGGUUGACAUAAAUAUCGGGUGCCCGCAGGCGAUUGCCAAGCGCGGACACUACGGCGCUUAUUUGCAGGAUGACUGGGAGUUGCUGGAGAAAAUUGUCGGGACGCUGAGUAAAAACUUGAAGAUUCCCGUCACCUGCAAGCUGAGAGUUUUCACGGAAAUAGAUAAGACUGUUGAUUAUGCCAGGAUGUUGGAGAAAGCUGGUGCUAGUUUGCUGACCGUCCAUGGCAGGACCAGGGAGCAGAAAGGUCCGCUGACGGGUUUGGCUUCUUGGAAACAUCUAAAAGCUGUUAGAGAAGCCAUCAAUAUUCCGAUGUUUGCUAAUGGAAACAUCCAGUGCCUCCAAGAUGUCAAGAGAUGUCUAGAAGAAACAAAAGUCGAGGGAGUGAUGACCGCUGAAGGAAAUCUGUACAACCCUUUCAUUUUCGACGGGACCAACCCGCCGUCCUGGGAACCGGCUCUAGAAUACUUGGAUCUAGUGGAACGGUAUCCAGCCCCUGCUUCGUACAUCCGCGGACAUCUGUUCAAAAUAUUCCAGCACCUACUUUGUUUGACAGAGAACGCCGAGGAACGCGCACUGCUGGCGAGAUAUUCUACGAUGGAGUCGUUCAGAGAUGUCGUAGAUAGACUGAAGAACCGGUACCUGGCUUACCAUGAAGGUAAACAAGUUUGGAACCCUGGUAACCUGGCUGAUGAUUGCAAUUUGGUGCUGCCGCCGUGGAUUUGUCAGCCGUACGUCCGGGAUGCGCCCCAAGUUCAUAUCGAGAAGGUCACAGCCAAACAAGUAGAAUCUCAUGAAAAUAGUAAAAGAGAAUUUAUUGAUGAAGAAGGGAAUCAAAUAUCACGCAAACGAAUGAAAAAACUCCGUCGCGUUGCUAGACGACCUUAUCAGACAUCACCGAGUGCACGAAAACAUUCGAUUUUAUGUGAAGAUUGUCCUAAUCCUAAGGGUUCAAAGUGUGAGUACAAUUUAUGCCGGCAGUGUUGCAGGAACAAAUGUUUCAAUGAAAACUUAAACUGCCCAGGACAUCGUAAUUUGACGAAAACCCGCCGCGAAGUCGCAACUAGUUACGCCAUUAAGCGAUUCAAUGACAUGGCCAAGAGAUGA